AUGGUUUGUGUGUUAAUUGAGAAAACAGUAAAAUCAAUGAGUGAGGAUCAAUCACACAACGAUUCGUGCUGCUGGUAUCUAUUCAAGAUACGUAUAUUGAAACGCCUGAAACUACAAAUUAUGAUCAACAUAUCUAAGCUUUCACAUAGGUUCUGUGCUGUAAGAAACAAGUGUGAUAAGACCACGGAUAGAAAAUCAAAAUCAAAACAGACAGACGAAGGAGAAAUGAAAAUAUUCACAUUUCGAAGGAUAACGGAAAAAUUUGCGAAAAGAAGAGGGUUUCAUCAUUACAUUUGUUUGAUUAAAGAAUCAGAAAUUGUGAAUAGAUAUGUUAUUCAAUGGCAAAAACAAGACAUUGAUUUAGUGAGUGUAAAUCCAUUGCUGGUAAAAGACGCUACCGUAGUGGUAAGUGCCAAUCCCCUGCAAGUACAGGACACGAAAAACGAACCGUUAAAUGCUAUUGGAGACAGCAGAGAAACACAAUUGCGUACAACAAUAAUUCUUCCAUAUGCUAGUACAGAUACUCCAGAUAGACACACGAUUGGAGAAAAAGGAAUAAUUCUACAUUUUGGAAAGAUAUCCCGAUUAAAACAACAUAUAUUUCCCCAAACUGUCACAAAACCAUGUCAGAAAGAAAAAAUCCUUUCAGAUCCAGAGAAGAAAAGACUGUAUUCUCACUACACUAAAGCGUACCAAAGUGUCCAGGUUUAUCCUGUUCUACAGUAUUCACUUCAACAGGCGUUCGACUCAUGUGCUGAAGGAAGAAAUGUUAUCACCAAUCCGGAAGUUUUUUUCUCAAACUACCUUACUAGAUUGUCAUCAUAUAAGAAUUUCUCAAGUAAACAAGCUCCAAGUGCAGUUAAACUUAGCAAGGCUGGAUUUUAUUCUACAGGGAAUAAAUACGAAACUGCAUGUUUUCAUUGUGGUUGUAGAUACUCUGGUUGGAAUGCACGUGAUGAUCCAAUCCAUAUCCAUGAAGAAAUUUCACCUGAAUGUGAAUUCAUACAGGAGAUAGUUACAAACGAAGGUAAUGACAGAAUAACUGGCUUUCCUCUUGCCAAUGGAACUCCGUGUUCAGAAAAUACCGAUACACACACUCAUCAGCAUCCGAAAGAAAGUUCUUUUAUUGUAUAUGGAGAUGAAAAUGACGAAGACAGUAGACUGAGUGACAAAAGAACUGACAUUUCCAUGGCAAACUCAGCAUGCGAUUUUAAGCAGGAGAAAAGCUAUUUUAAUGACUGCAAUGGUUUUAAAUGUAAUAUGCUUGCAGAAACGAAACCAAUAACUACUUCGCUUUCUUCUAAAUUUCAAAGUCUCUCUUUUGACAAUACACCUUCCUUUGCUUCUUUACCUGUUCAUCAAAACGAAAUCACUUCUUCCGAGUCUGAAUCGGCAAUGGCUGCCUUAAAUGGCAAUUCAGACUGCCAGAUGAAUGCGACAGAAUUUGCUUCCAGUCAUAUAGUACCAAAGGAUAGAAGAGGAAAACAAAAAUAUCAGGAUCUACUCCAUCCACUGUUUCCACAAUUUAUGUCGAUACUCGUGAGGAUCUCGUCCUUUGCCAAAUGGCCAACGCAUGUUUCCCAGUCAGGCAAACAAAUGGCUGAUGCAGGAUUCUUUUAUAAAGGGUACGGCGAUGCAGUCGUCUGCUUCUGGUGCGGAGUUUGCAUUUUCAGCUGGGAGGAUGGAGAUGAUCCAUGGAUUGAGCAUGUCAAAUGGCAGCCAAUAUGUCCAUUUACGAUCCAGAACAAAGGACAAGAUUUCAUCGACCUUAUACUUGAAGGACAGGAUGGAUCCCUCAGAGAAGACAGACGUGUCGAGGAUUUUAAUGUCGCCGAACAAACGCUUUCCAGACAAGAUGAUCUCGAAUCACAUAAGUCAACAAAACUGAAAGAGAUGGGGUUCAAACAAGAAAAAAUCCAAGAAGCUGUUAUUAAGGUGUCCAGAGGAGCAGGUAAUUACUCAUGGGAAGACAUUUUGGAGCAGCUGCUAAACGAAGAAACAACUGAACCUGAAUCAUUACCAACAAUGUUCCCAAAACGAGAUAAAAUUCCAACUGAUUCAGCUACUGGGCAUGACCGCAUUGCAUCUGUCGAUCUCUCAGAUGAAAGUAAUCAUUUAAGAAGACUUGAACGAUUGAUGUGCAAGAUUUGUUUGACAGAAGAGGUGAGAGUUACUUUCCUUCCAUGUGGUCAUCUCAUAUGUUGUAUGGAAUGUUCAAAAAUGGUAUCCAGGUGUCCGAUAUGCCGUGAACGGAUCGAAACUAGAAUCAAAUGUUAUAUUUCAUGA